UUUUCUUUGAUUGCAGCGGCAAAAAAUGGCGGAAGAAGAAAACAGAACCCCGAACAGAACAGGUGAGCAGAAGCGAGAUGUUCGUGACUCUGCACCACCGGAUAUUGUUGAACUGUGUCGUGAGACAUUCAAGAAAACAUCUGAAUACCUUAAAGGAGAGUUAGAUGGGACGAUUGAAGAUUACAAGCUGUUAGAAACAAUGAAUAAAGUAACAGUGUCCAAGUAUUCUGAGAUGAAGAACACAGCUGGUGAAAUUGGUGGAGCAUUGCAAGAACUUAAUGAGAAAUAUGAGAAUCUGCUACCAUUCCUUGAGCAGAUUGAUCAUGUGGAGGACAGCGUUAACUCCCUGGAACAGGCAGCAUACAGGCUUGAUGCCUACUCCAAACGCUUAGAGGCCAAGUUCAAGGCUUUGGAGAGGAGAUGAGCUUAGUGUUGUUAUGGUGUAACAUACAGGGACCAGCAGUUUCAUUUGAGGGCAGUGCAAUGGAUUGUGUGAUUGACAUCAAUUAGUUCCUUGAACACCAUUUUUUGAGCAUUGUUAUUUUUGCAAGAAAGAAUCAUUGCAGUUUUGGGAGUGGGGGACAUUUAUGUACAAAAUGUACAUGUGUGAUUGAGACACAGUUUAUGUAAUCUUAUAUUAUGUUAAGCAUUAUGAAAUCUUGGUUGAUGAAAUAUGGUAUCUUUUUUGUUGAGCACCUUUGGCAUUUAAAUGAUUAGUCGACAACCUGCUCAUACCUUUUUGUGGCUGUCUGCUUAUUACUGUAGAAGUUAACAGUGGUUUGUCCGUACAUGUUCAUUUAGUCUGAAGUUAAGUGUUAUUUUGAAAGACCCAAUAUAUUUUGAACAUGUACUUUAACUGUAAUUACCAAUCAUGUUAAAUAAUGAUGUAUUUUGUAAAUAUUUAUGUUUCGUAAUUUUUACAAUUUCAUAGUGCCAUUAAAGCAAACACCCAUGUUUUAAACAGAGGAGAGAUUGUUAUGUAAAACUGCAUGUAUCAUUUAAUUAACAUGUAAUUACUGAUUUGAGAAGCUUUUUAAGGAGGCUUUGCACCAUGUUUAUAAAUAUAUAUUUUCUGUGAUAAAGUAUGGGUUAACUAUUAAAAAAGUUAUAAAA